AUGGACGGUGCGCCUAGUGUUGACCUGGGGAACGAGCAUACACGUAAGGAGUUUGUCCGUAUCUGGGGGUCCCAUGUGACAGCUCUCAAUCCCGAGCUAGCUCGAGUGCAGCAGCAAGGAGAAGGCAACCCCCUGGCCAUAAAUCCCUUGCGGUAUCCCCUGACUGAGACAUACUGCCUACGGAAGAAGAAGGAUUUAGGGGAGAUCUCUUGCCGCUUUUUCUUUCCACGGGAUACGAGAGAUAUGGCCGAUGUUGUUCGGCGACAGGGACAGUCUUACUUUUCCUUCGAGGCGGCUAGGAACGACAGCCUGAUGAAUCACUACAACCGGUGCCUUAGUCUUGGCUGGUUAGCCAACAUUGAUAUAUCCCCCUGCACCAGCCUUCAGGCUGUGAUCAAUUAUGCAGCCAAGUAUUGCAGUAAGAUGGAGAAGCGGACCGACAGCUAUGCCAGCCUCGGGCGGCAAAUCUUGCCCCACGUCUCGCACUAUAACCCUCUUCUAUCUUUUGCCUCGCAGAUCUGUCAUAUCUUGCUCAACUGCGAGUUGCAGGAGGGCACUCGUGUUCAGGGACGGUCUCUCCGCCUCCAGGGUGAUCAUGACGACGGUGAGGUCGUUGGGAUAUAUGACAAGUAUCUUUCUCGCCCUAACCUUCAUGAAGAACUCACCUAUCUUGACUUUCUAGCCAACUGGAAUACAAGCAAGAGGGACGGGACAAAGUGGACACGUUGGGGUCGUCAAGCCAAGCCUCGUCUGAUGCUGGCCCAUCUACAUCGCGAUCCCAACCAACUACGCAAGAUCAACGGCGUUGAGUACGCCUCAUACGCAUCUGCCGCCGAAUUCUGUUACGGAAACCACCAAUACCCUGACGAUUACUACGGCAUACCUGACGCGGAGGAAUGCCGGCCGGAUCCGGAUGAGUUCGAGCAAGAAUAUCACGAACCUGACCUUCAAUCAUUUAAGGCGACUAUUGGCGCCGUUAGAUUGAGCAAUAUCGUCUCGAUAUGGAUCGAAGAGCAGAUUCUACUCCAAGUUGACGGUGGUGGCGGGACAGGUAAGUCCUAUAUGAUCAAGGUUCUUCCGAUCUGGAGAGCUGCACCCACGGGUGUUAUAAGCAACCAGAUCAUGGGGACGACCCUAUACUCUCUCCUCCGGCUACCUGUUGAUAGGGCUUUUGCAGAGCUAUCGCUAGUAGAGUUAACAAACGCCUCCGCCAAGUCUUUCCCGACAGAGCAGCUAACUUGUUUGAUAGCAUAUAGGGCAUUCAGCCAUACCGUCUUCUUGAAGAAGAUCGAGCGGCAGCAGGGCGAUGACCAGACUGGUUUUCGUCUGGCGCUUGAAGAACUGCGCGGUCUGAACCAGUGCGAGAUAGAUAAGUUCGAUGCUGCUCUCCGGAUCUAUAGCAAGAAAGCUCGUGUCAAUGAGUACAACUACAAGCACCUCAACAUCGGCUGGCAACCUGGUUGGCUAGUUUCCGUGUAUGAUAUCGGUUGGGCCCCCGGCGCUGAUACACUUCGUGACCCGCCGUGUGUCAUUAUGAUGGUGAUGGAUAAGUAUACCGGGCCGCCUUAUCUAACCACCGGUGACGGGCGUGAGGUAGUACCCAUAACCCCCGUGAGGCGAGACUUCUUUCUUGGGACAUCUGCGUGCAUACGAAAACAGUUUCCGCUUAUAAGCAUCACGGUGGACAAGAUGGUGACGGAUCUGUCUGAACGGGACUUUCAGACAGGGCUUAGCUAUGUUGCGGUGUCGAGGGUCAAGAUGCUAGAGGGUCCUAACCGAUUAGUAGGUGUUUUGAUGAAGGUCCGCGACCAGGACCGGCGGAGGCAACAGCAACUUGAUCAGCCCCUUUUCCAUCCUCUUUUUUCUUAA